UCUCCGUCUCCGCCCCCAGCCGCUUUCUCCGAGCGGGCGGGCGGCCGCGUUGGGGACCGGGCUGCGAGGAGGGCCCCCCCCGGGGCGGGGCGCGCGACGAGGCCGGUGACGUCACAACGCCCCGCCCCGUGCGCGCAGACGCCGGGACGAAGGGGGUGUGGCCACGCCAGCGUCCGCGCGCCAUCGGGCCCGAAGUGGCGGCGAGGUCCGUCUUCCCUGUGCAUGGUUUUCCCCGCCAAGCGGUUGUGCUUGGUGCCAUCCAUGGAGGGCGUGCGCUGGGCCUUUUCCUGCGGCACUUGGCUGCCCAGCCGGGCCGAGUGGCUGCUGGCGGUGCGAUCGAUCCAGCCCGAGGAGAAGGAGCGCAUCGGCCAGUUCGUCUUUGCCCGCGACGCGAAGGCAGCCAUGGCUGGUCGUCUGAUGAUAAGGAAAUUAGUUGCAGAGAAACUGAAUAUCCCUUGGAAUAAUAUUCGUUUGCAAAGAACUGCGAAAGGAAAACCAGUUCUUGCAAAGGACUCGUUGAAUCCUUACCCCAAUUUCAACUUCAACAUCUCUCAUCAAGGGGACUAUGCGGUGCUUGCUGCUGAACCAGAGCUCCAAGUUGGAAUUGAUAUAAUGAAGACUAGUUUUCCAGGUCGUGGUUCAAUUCCAGAAUUCUUUCAUAUUAUGAAAAGAAAGUUUACCAACAAAGAAUGGGAAACAAUCAGAAGCUUUAAGGAUGAAUGGACUCAGCUGGAUAUGUUUUAUAGAAAUUGGGCACUCAAAGAAAGCUUCAUAAAGGCCAUUGGUGUUGGACUGGGAUUUGAACUGCAACGGCUUGAAUUUGAUAUAUCUCCGUUAAACUUGGAUAUAGGCCAAGUUUAUAAAGAAACACGUUUGUUCCUAGAUGGAGAGGAAGAAAAAGAAUGGGCAUUUGAGGAAAGCAAAAUAGAUGAGCACCAUUUUGUUGCCGUAGCUCUUAGGAAACCCGAUGGAUCUAAACAUCAGGAUGUGCCAUCUCAAGAUGAUUCUAAACCAACCCCGAGGCAGUUUACUGUUCUCACCUUUAAUGAUUUAAUAUCAUCUGCUGUUCCCAUGACACCUGAAGAUCCUUCAUUUUGGGACUGUUUUUGCUUCACAGAAGAAAUUCUAAUACGAAAUGGUACAAAGUCAUGAUGACUCCUUGAGUAACAGAGAGCAAUGAAAACUGUAAUCUUCCAUAGUCACUGAAAAAUAAAUGCUUGAUAGGAUCAAAUUUCACAAAACAGUUUUUAAAAAAAUAAAACUUACUAUUAAAAAAGCAGACUUCUAGUUCAAGACAACUCACUAGAAUACAAGUUUACCUCUUCCUCUCCAAAAUUGCAUUGAAUUGAUAAAAAUAGAAAGGAUGGUAGAAUCUUAAAGUGGUGAAUGUUCACUAUAGAAGAAAUAAAAAAUUCAGCUACGCAAAAAGGAAACAUUUGAAUCCUAUCUUUCAGAGAUUACUCUUAAAACCUUGAGUAUCCUUCUAGACCUCUUGGCAGAUGAAUUCAUAUUAACAUAUUUGCUUUAAAAAAUGGGAACAUAACUGUUUGUAAUUUUUUUUUUUAAACCGCACAUCUACUGUUCAUAAAUAUACCUCUGUGACAUAAUUUUUAGUGGUUCUAAAGUACUCUGUAGUAUAUCAUAUCAGUUAGGAUGCUUUUGACCAGAAGUAACAAUGUCCAAAUAUAAUUAGCUUAAGUAACCAAGGACAUUUAUUAUCUAACAUAACACGGUUCAGAGAUGUCAUUAAAGAUACUUUUUUUUACCUUAUCAUCAGAUUAUUGGUUUUGCCUUAGGCGAAUCCACCUCUCAAUCACAUGAGUUGCUGCUGUAGCUUCCAGUUUUACAACCUUGUAAAAUUACAUCUAAAAGACAGGAAAGGCCGUUUCUUCUCUCACAUUUAUUUUAUCAUUAAGAAAGAUUUUCUCAAAAGCCCCCAGUGACUUCUGAUAACUCAGAUCAGGUCUCAAGGAAAGGCAGUGAGUGACAUUUUUAGCCUCUCUUAGGUAGACUAUAUUGAAAAGAAAAGAGGGUAAGAUGGGCUUGGAAGAGUGGAAGGGAGCUAGACUUACUGCCUGUUCUAAGAAAAGUGUGCCACUACAUACUCAUUUUGAAGAGUGGAAGGGAGCUAGACUUACUGCCUGUUCUAAGAAAAGUGUGCCACUACAUACUCAUUUUUUUGUUAGAUGCUUUGAUUGUCUAUAGUUUAUUACUAUAAUCAGUGGCACAGUGAAUGUCCUUGUACAUUUUGAGGUAUUUGCUUAAGAAAGUAUCUAAAAGUAGAACGACUGGUUCAAAGGGCUUAAACAUGUCCUUGUACAUUUUGAGGUAUUUGCUUAAGAAAGUAUCUAAAAGUAGAACGACUGGUUCAAAGGGCUUAAACAUUUUUAGAGCUUUCGUAAGUCUUAUUAUCAUACCUGUCUCCAGAAAGGCAGUACAGUUUACUUUUCCAGCUAGUACUAUAUGUGUGACUACCCUCUCACCUAAAUAAUCCCUGGUCAAUUGUGCAUAUUACCUUUUUGGGGGGGUGAUGUAACCUUUGCUAGUAUAACUAAAAAAUGGUAUGUCAUUUUAAAAAUGUCUAUUUCUUUCAUUGCAAAUGAGAUUGAUAUAUCAGUGUUGUAAUUGGUUUUGUGUGUUCCUUUUUUAUUUACUGCCUAUUCCUUGUCUUUAUCUCUUUUUAUUUUAGUAAGUAGGACUUAAUUUAAAGUGAGUACAAUACAUAAAAUGCCAAGACCAUCAUAUUGAUGACAGGAUCUAUUACGUGGUUGUAGUGCAUGUCUUGGGGAGUUAAAGUUACGUUAAGUAUCAAGAAGUAAAAUCUGUUGUUUCUGUUACUAACAUCAAAAGUUGUGUGUAAAUUAUAUAAAAUUAGGUAUUAGUAAAAAAAAAAAAAUUGGAAUGUUUAUCAUUGUUUUUAUUUUAUUAAGCAUGACCAGUCAGUCUUCGCAUAGUGAAUAACAUGUUUUUAAAAGGUCAGGUAGCAUUUAUAAUAGAGAAAUUAUUGUUAUCCCUAGCAUGAAUGUAAUGGUGAUAUGAAAAACUGUUUGUCUUGUCAUUAUAACAAUAAAAAAGUUAGCAUUUAUUAUGGAA